CUGUCAAAUGGGAGAGAAGGGCUUGAUAAAUCAAGCCAAUUGUGUUUUAUUGUCACCUUUAUUGUGUAUUACAGACUGCAUGAUAUAGUCAUGAGGAAAACGACAAAGCGAUGCCUUAGUGCGGUGCAGAAAUCGAAAAAAUGGUUAUCUGCCCCCCAUUUGUCCAUCAGACGUCGCUUUGGUCAGCUUCACCCUCCUCUCUUACGACUUCGUUCCUGGCAGCUCCUCAAACCUCUUGCAAAAGCUGGACUGAGACCAGGUGGUGUUAGUAAGGCAGUAUACAGCAGAGCACCGACUCGGCUCUUGUCACGUCUAUGGGGCCUAUUAAACGAUGUCAGACUACCACGUUGGUUACGUCGGCCUCUUUUCUCUAUCUAUAUCUGGGCCUUCUCUGUAAAAAUGGAAGAAGCUGAGGAAGAAGAUCUAAACCGAUACCAAAACUUGGGAGAACUUUUCAAAAGACCACUUAAACCAGCAGUCCGACCAAUUGCCUCCUAUUGUUUGGUUAGUCCAUGUGAUGGCCGUGUUCUACACUGUAGUUGGGGGCGUGAUGCUCAUAUUGAGCAGGUUAAAGGUCUCACUUAUUCAUUGGACAGUUUCCUUGGACCCCAAGACUGGCGUGAUGCAUUCGACCCAAGUCUACCUCUCCUAAGGCAGUUAGGUGUUCGUCCCUCCAGCAGACUGUAUCAUCAUGUUGUGUACUUGGCACCUGGUGAUUACCAUCGAUUCCACUCCCCAACUGAUUGGAGUAUCCAGCACCGGAGACAUUUUCCAGGAACUUUGCUCUCAGUGAGUCCUCAUGUUGCUAGCUGGAUGCCAAGUCUGUUCUGUCAGAAUGAACGUGUUGUGCUCAGUGGUCAAUGGCAGUUUGGGUUUUUCUCUCUUACGGCAGUGGGAGCCACGAAUGUGGGAUCUAUACACAUAUACGGUGAUCAGGACCUGAAGACUAACCACCCACACCACGUAAAGGGACAGUUCCAUGACUGCAGCUACACAGAGUGCUUUGGCCCAGGAGGUCUGAUCCUCGAGAAAGGGUCACCUUUAGGGGAGUUUAAUUUUGGAUCCACAAUUGUGCUGAUCUUUGAAGCCCCUCGUCACUUCCAGUUCACUGCUGGGAGCCGGAUUCACAUGGGAGAAGCCCUGGGGACACUAUGACAGAAACAUAUAGAACUGAGUGGAACCUUCCUAGACUUAUUGACGUGAUACAGCCGAGUGCAGGCACUGUAAUGGUUAGCACACUAUUACCGUUAUGGGUUCUUCAUUAUUUCAAAUACCUCCUUAUUGUGCUUUUUAAUAAAGAAGUUCAUAAAAA